UUCCUAGAUGAUAGGAGUCUUCCAAGAGAAAAAUCUCGAUCGUAUCGCUCAAGAACAAAACGAAGGCGCGUUGUCGCGUGUCUCAUGUGAAGAACUGAAAAUUUCCGAAAUUUCCGACGAAAAUGGCUAUGCACGUACCGAAAGCUCCUGGCGUAGCGCAGAUGCUCAAGGAAGGAGCCCGCUAUUUUUCAGGUCUUGAGGAAGCUGUUUAUAGAAACAUCACAGCCUGCAAACAAUUGGCAGAUACAGUGAGAAGUGCAUAUGGUCCUAAUGGUAUGAAUAAGAUGGUCAUCAAUCAUAUUGAGAAGCUCUUUGUGACCAAUGAUGCAGCAACGAUUAUCAGUGAGCUGGAAGUAGAACAUCCAGCUGCAAGAUUAUUAGUUCUAGCAUCAAAGAUGCAAGAAGCAGAAGUAGGAGAUGGAACAAAUUUUGUCAUUAUCUUCGCUGGAGCAUUACUUCAUAAUGCAGAAGAGCUGCUUCGUUUGGGAAUUACAACUUCUGAAAUAGUAGAAGGUUAUGAAAAUGCUCUGGAGAAGGCACUGGAAAUUUUACAGACAUUGGUUGUACAAGAGGUGACGGAUGUACGCAAUGAAGAACAAGUAAAGAAAGGAAUCAGGACCACUAUCAUGAGCAAACAGUAUGGAAAUGAGGAUCUUCUUGCAUCUCUCGUCAGUCAGGCUUGCAUUUCCAUUUUGCCUGAGAAAACGACAUUCAAUGUGGACAAUGUGCGAGUUUGCAAGAUACUUGGCGGUGGUUUGAGCAACUCCCAGGUGGUGCAAGGCAUGGUGUUCAAGCGUCAGGUUGAAGGAGACGUCACGACUAAGACCAGCGCCAAGAUUGCAGUUUACACGGGUGCUGUAGAUAUCACACAGACUGAGACCAAGGGUACUGUACUGAUAAAGACUGCGGACGAAUUGAUGAAGUUCUCGCGCGGCGAAGAAUCGUUACUGGAAAACCAGAUCAAGUCAAUCGCUGAGAGCGGCGCCUCGGUGGUGGUCGCCGGUGGAAAGUUUGGUGACAUGGCUUUACACUAUAUGAACAAGCACAACCUGAUGGCUGUUCGCAUACCAAGCAAAUUCGACCUCAGACGACUGUGCAAAACCGUCGGCGCCACUGCACUUUCGAAACUGGUACCUCCGUCGUCGGAAGAAUUAGGAUACGCCGAUAAGGUGUAUAUAGAGGAGUUAGGAGACACCAUAGUUGUAGUAUUCAAGCUCGACGGUAAAGAGAGCCGCAUCAGCACAGUACUCGUGCGUGGUUCUACCGAGAACUACAUGGACGACAUCGAACGCGCGAUCGACGACGGCAUCAACACAUUCAAGGGCAUUACGAGGGACGGUAGAUUUGUCCCGGGUGCGGGCGCCACAGAGAUCGAGCUGGCCGCGCAACUUGCGUCCUAUGCGGAUACUUUGUCCGGUUUGCAGCAGUACGCUGCGCGGAAUUUUGCCACUGCACUGGAGAUAUUCCCUAAGACGUUGGCCGAGAGCAGCGGUACUCACGCGUCCGAGCUUCUGUCCAAGUUAUAUGCAGCGCAUAAGGAGGGAAAGAAGAACUGCGGUUAUAACAUCGAUGGCAUUGGAGCAGCCUUGAUUGAUACCGUCGAAGCGGGUAUCUUGGAUUUGUAUCUGACGAAACAAUGGGCGAUGAAGUAUGCAGUAGGUGCGGCAUGCACGGUCCUCAAAGUGGAUCAAAUCAUUCUGGCAAAGCGGGCCGGCGGUCCGAAGGCGCCACCAGGAGGUGCUCCCGAGGAAGACGACUAAUGGAACGCAGGAGACCAGUCUAAUCACAACUUUUCACAUUUAAUUUAUAGCAUUGUGUUUAUACAAAUUUCGAUGUAUUCAAAAUGUGGAAUAUAGCGAGUAAAGGUGAGAAAAAUAUA